AAAACAGCUAGCUCAGAGUCUCUAAUCUCUACUCAUUUGUGAAUGUGCAAUGUGAAUGCGUUACAUACGCGAAGUAAUUACAGGUGCUUGCCGGCCGUAUAUAAACCGAAUCCGAAGAGAAGCAUUGAGCGGCGCGCGCCUUUUCACGCAGCUAGUCCAAAAGCAUAGAGGCUUACUCACCGGAAAAAAAGGAGUAGGGAAUUGGUUUGGCUGUAUCGUUGAACUCAUAAGCGGAUUUAGUGACAUUUUGAGUAGUGAGUUGUCAGAUGGCCAGCAUGCAGGCUUGCAGUGGAUCAUCCGCAACAAUAAACUCCAUUCAACAGACUCUUGGGACCAAAGCAUCAAUAAUUCCUCUGAAAUCUUUUGGCAUCAGUAGGUUCCCAAAUAAUGUGAAAUUGGGUUCAGUCAAGUUCUGUAGAUCAUCUCAGCUCGAAGAGGGCUUAGUCACUGGGAAGCCACCCUCUCCUGUGUCUGUUGUUGAUGUUCAGAAAAUCGGAGGUGCUGGAAGUAGCUUUGUGGACUAUGGCUUGAGUGAAGCUGAUCCUGAAGUUCACUCCAUAAUUGAUAAAGAGAAAAAUCGUCAGUUCAGAAGCUUGGAGCUUAUAGCUUCCGAGAACUUCACAUCUCGAGCUGUAAUGGAAGCAGUUGGUUCUUGUCUCACUAAUAAAUAUUCUGAAGGAUUGCCUGGCAAAAGGUACUAUGGUGGCAAUGAGUACAUAGAUGAACUUGAGAUUCUUUGCCAAGAGAGGGCUCUUGCAGCUUUCAAUUUGGAUGGAAGUCAAUGGGGCGUUAAUGUUCAACCAUUGUCAGGGUCACCUGCCAAUUUUGAAGUGUACACGGCUAUAUUGAGUCCACAUGACCGUAUAAUGGGCUUGGAUUUACCACAUGGUGGACAUUUGUCUCAUGGGUUCAUGACUGCCAAGAGACGGGUGUCUGGCACAUCUAUUUACUUUGAAUCCAUGCCUUAUCGGCUGGAUGAAUCUACAGGCCUUGUUGACUAUGACAUGCUUGAGAAAACAGCUACCCUGUUCCGUCCAAAACUUAUCAUUGCUGGUGCCAGUGCUUAUCCUCGAGAUUUUGAUUAUCCCCGCAUGAGAAAGAUAGCAGAUUCUGUUGGUGCUUUUCUUAUGAUGGACAUGGCUCAUAUCAGUGGACUUGUUUCUGCUUCUGUUGUUGCCAACCCAUUUGAGUUCUGCGACAUUGUAACGACUACAACACACAAGUCUCUCAGGGGUCCUCGAGGGGGCAUGAUUUUCUUCAAGAAGGAACCCGUGCUGGGAGUUGAUUUAGAAUCUGCUAUUAACAAUGCUGUUUUCCCAGGUUUACAGGGAGGUCCACAUAAUCACACAAUUGGUGGGCUUGCCGUUUCCCUGAAACACGCAAAAUCACCAGAGUUCAAGGUUUAUCAAAACAAGGUGGUCUCUAACUGUCAAGCGCUUGCCAGUCGACUAAUGGAGUUGGGAUACAAAUUGGUCUCUGGAGGGAGUGAUAACCAUUUGGUUCUUGUGGACCUACGUCCCUUGGGCAUUGAUGGCGCCCGGGCGGAGAAAAUUCUUGAUAUGGCAUCCAUAACCCUCAAUAAGAACUCUGUUCCUGGUGACAAAAGCGCCCUAGUGCCAGGUGGCAUACGAAUCGGUUCACCUGCCAUGACUACUAGAGGCUUUGGUGAACAUGAAUUUGUGCAAGUUGCGGAUUUUAUUCACGAAGGUGUGCAAAUUACUCUAGAGGCAAAGAAAUCGGCACCGGGCUCCAAGCUCCAAGAUUUUAUGAAAUUUGUGACUUCUCCGGGCUUUCCACUGUCUGACCGGGUUUUGAAUCUUCAAAGAAGUGUGGAGGCCCUGACAACCCAAUUCCCAAUCCCGGGCUUGUGAGUCAGUGUGUGAUAUAUCAAUAUUUAAUAGGAGACAAAUUUUGGGUGCUUGGCAGCUUGCUCUUCAGUUAUCUAUAUCUCCCACAACUGCCUUCUUUCAGCUUUGAGAUAUUGUAACGUGUACACUAGAGAUUUUUUUUUUCUUUUUCUUUUUU